AUGGCUGCUCCAGGACCUCACGCCUUCCUGCUGGUGGUCCCUCUCGGGAAGCCUCUCUCAGAGGGGGACGUGAGAGCUGUGGAGUGGAUCAAACAGAGGCUGGGCGAGGAGGCUCUACGGAUGACUGUCGUUUUGUUUACUGGGAGAGAGAAGGUCACGAGUCGAGAGUGGGACCACUUCCUGUCACAGCAGGAAGUGCAGGGCCUGAUCAGAAGCUGUGGGGGAGGCUACCACACUGUGAACAGCAAGGCAGAGAUGGAGCCGUGUCAUCUGAUGAAGCUGCUGGAGAAGAUAGAUGCUGUGGUGGAGAGGAGUGGAGGGGAACUCUACGCUACUGACAAGUUCCUGGAGGCUCGGAGGGAGGUCGAAGUUGAAGAGGAGGAAGUGAGAAGGCAGAGACAGGAGCAGGAGAGGAACCGGCAGGAGAGAGGAACACGGAGAAAAAGUAUUACUCCACCUCCCGAAAUUUUGACUGUUUCCUCCACAGUGUCUCCUCUAAGGGCCGUGCUGCUGGGGAAAACUGGUUCUGGAAAGAGUGCCUCAGCAAACACCAUCCUGGGAAGGAAAGCUUUUAAAGAGGCUGUCUCAUUUGAAUCUGUGACUGAAAAAUGCAGUAAUCAACAUAUUGUAGUGGAUGGUAGACACAUUACAGUGAUUGAUACACCAGGAUUAUUUGGUACAGAACAGCCUACAGAAGAGCUGAAUGGUGAGAUAGAGAAGUGUGUUGAGAUGUCUCUCCCUGGGCCUCAUGCCUUCCUGCUGGUGAUCAGAUUAGAUGUGAGGUACACAGAGGAGGAGAGGAAUGCUGUGAAGUGGAUCCAGGAGAACUUUGGUGAGGGAGUGCUGAAGUACACUAUAGUGCUCUUCACUCAUGGGGAUGUGCUGAAGGGGAUAUCAGUGGAAGCUUUUCUGCUCAAAAAUCCUCAUCUCACACCUCUUACUAGACAUGUUGAGGGUAGAUUUCACGUCUUCAACAAUAAGAGUGAAGACAGCACUCAGGUCAGAGACCUUUUGGAGAAAAUUGAGGCCAUGGUGAAGAAAAAUGGGGGUACAAACUACACCAGUGAGAUGUACAAGGAGGUGCAGAGAGAAAUAAAAGAAAAGGAGAGGAUAAGAGAAGAGGAGGAGAGAAAUAGAAAACAAGAAGCAGAGAUGAUGUUAGAAGAGGAGAGGAGAAAAAGGGAAGAGGCAGAGAUGAAGGCAGAUGAAGAAAGA